UCUUGGACCAAGCGCACAAAAUCCUGCCUGGUUGAAGGUCACACCACCACCGUCGAAGAUAGGCACUUUAAUUUCUAGAAGCCAGGUACCUGCGCGAGCCGUCCCGGAGCUCAACAGGUAAAGAAAAAGAGAGCAAGAAAAAGGACUCCGCUGGCUCAGUCGGUAGUCAGUGUUAGUUGUCAGGUGCAUUCCACAAGUUUAGAAGCGAAAAAAGAGACGCUUAGCGAGGUUGUUGUGUCAAAUUUCGGUGGUUGUCAGUGAAGUUUUGAGUUUUACAGCGAAAUUACAGUGAAUUAGCGGUGGCUGAAACGAGUUUAACCACGGGAAGUGGAAGAACUAUGCAAAGUUAGUGAACGGCAGUACAAAACAGAACUCCGGUGACGGCAAAGAAGCAAAACAAAACACAAAAUGACGACUCGUGGAGUGGAAAUGAACGGAUCCGUGAUGGGAGUUGCGAUGGGCUACCUGGAUUUUGCCCCGGAACCGCCGGCACCAACUGCUGUACCGGUGACGGAACAUGGCGACAUGAACGGUGCCGCAGGCCACGAAACUCGUGAGAUAGCAUCAACAAAUGCCGCCACAGUCGCCAUUCCGUCGAACGGUGGAGGUGACGUGCGGAUUAAAUUCGAAACUCUCCAGCCGCACGAAACUCAGGAAGCGAUUACGCUGUACAAUCCGGUUGGCCACCAGAUGCAUCUGCCGGGUCAUCACCAGAUCCAGCAUCAGCAGAUUAUCUAUCUGCCUCCGCCCCAGCAUCAACAACAUGUCGUCUUAAUCGAUCAACACUCGCAGCAGCACCUGCACAGCCCGGUGUCGUACGCGUCCGGCCUAACCGGUCACCUUAAUCCGGAUGGGCUAGUGACGAUUGCUCCGUCAAACGGAAACGGUGCCCCGCUCGAAAUGGGUACGCAAAUCAUUGUCAAGCAGGAAGUGAUUUCCGAAGAGGAUCAUCAUCAACAACAUCAAAUUCAAGUGGAGCAAGAUCAAUCAUCGAUGCAGAGCAUGGCCGAACCUUCGGAAGGAUCCGGAGCGAUGAGCCAGAGCUACCAAUCGGACGCCAGCGAGGAAAUCAAGAAUGGAACAAUGGACGAAUCCUCCGGACAGUACAGCAAUCUGGAAAGCCCCACCAACUCGAACGAUCCCAAAACCCCAAAUGCUCCGAAAACUUGGACCGCAGAGGACAUGGAAUCGGCCCUGGAAGCCCUGCGCUCCCAAAACAUGAGUCUGACCAAGGCAUCGGCCACUUACGGGAUUCCGUCGACGACUUUGUGGCAGCGAGCGCACCGCCUCGGCAUUGACACUCCCAAAAAGGAAGGUCCGUCCAAGACCUGGAACGAGGAAGCACUCAAUAACGCUCUGGACGCGCUACGAUCCGGAACCAUCUCCGCUAACAAAGCUUCCAAGGCGUACGGAAUCCCAUCUUCCACGCUGUACAAGAUCGCUCGCCGUGAAGGUAUUCGGCUGGCCGCCCCGUUCAACGCUGCUCCCACCAGCUGGUCCGCCGAAGAUCUGGACCGUGCCCUCGAAGCGAUCCGCAGUGGACAAACUUCGGUCCAAAAAGCCAGCACCGAGUUCGGAAUUCCAACCGGAACCCUCUAUGGACGCUGCAAACGCGAGGGAAUCGAGCUGUCUCGGACGAACCCAACUCCGUGGUCCGAGGACGCCAUGAUGGAAGCGCUGGACUCGGUCAAGCAGGGACACAUGUCGAUCAACCAGGCCGCGAUCCAUUAUAAUCUGCCGUACAGUUCGCUGUACGGGCGGUUCAAGCGUGGCAAGUACGAGACACCAACCAACGGAGCCCAGAACCAGAACAACGUGGUGAACCACGGAGGCGGUGGUGGCAACGGUGGCGGCGGACAGGUCAACUACUUAACCACGCAGGUCGCGCCGAUGCAGGGUAUCGCGAGCAGUCCCCAGAUGGAGUUCAGAAUUGAACCGCCGCCGCAGCAUUACGAGCACAACCCGGCCAACAUGCAGCACUACAAUCCACUGCCAACGAUGCAGCAGAAUUACUUGAACUUUUCACAGCAUUAAAAUACUCUCCUUUGACUGAAAGACACGUAACUGAAAAUCACUCAAAUCGCAUAUCAAUUUAAGAGUUUAAGCACUGAUACGAAUACUUUAAUACUGAACAUGAUCUUCAAGAAUAUAAUGUUAAGUGAUACCUACUUAUGUAAUUUAAUUUGAACAACGUUAAA